CCCACAUGUGGCACAGGUGGCAUUUUCACUUAGAGACUGGAACAAUGGGAGCUCUGCGGGCCUUGCUUGUUUGCGUGCUGACUGUGUGGUUUACCAAAGGCUCUGGUUUGCCAGUUGGAGGCACAACAGAAAUUCAGGAUGAUGAGCUGCAGAGAGUGAGAGAGUUUUUGUUGCAACAAGAUGCUGAUGGAGACUAUAACACGACGGGCCUCACCAAUGUGACGAACACGACGGGCCUCACCAAUGUGACGGCCACGACCCCAGCGCCGUCUCCGGCCACGACGGGCCUCACCAAUGUGACGGCCACGACCCCAGCGCCGUCUCCGGCCACGACGGGCCUCACCAAUGUGACGGCCACGACCCCAGCGCCGUCUCCGGCCACGACGGGCCUCACCAAUGUGACGGCCACGACCCCAGCGCCGUCUCCGGCCACGACGGGCCUCACCAAUGUGACGGCCACGACCCCAGCGCCGUCUCCGGCCACGACGGGCCUCACCAAUGUGACGGCCACGACCCCAGCGCCGUCUCCGGCCACGACGGGCCUCACCAAUGUGACGGCCACGACCCCAGCGCCGUCUCCGGCCACGACGGGCCUCACCAAUGUGACGGCCACGACCCCAGCGCCGUCUCCGGCCACGACGGGCCUCACCAAUGUGACGGCCACGACCCCAGCGCCGUCUCCGGCCACGACGGGCCUCACCAAUGUGACGGCCACGACCCCAGCGCCGUCUCCGGCCACGACGGGCCUCACCAAUGUGACGGCCACGACCCCAGCGCCGUCUCCGGCCACGACCCCAGCGCCGUCUCCGGCCACGACCCCAGCGCCGUCUCCGGCCACGACCCCAGCGCCGUCUCCGGCCACGACCCCAGCGCCGUCUCCGGCCACGACCCCAGCGCCGUCUCCGGCCACGACCCCAGCGCCGUCUCCGGCCACGACCCCAGCGCCGUCUCCGGCCACGACCCCAGCGCCGUCUCCGGCCACGACCCCAGCGCCGUCUCCGGCCACGACCCAACCCUGAUUGUGUCUCGCAUGGUCACAUUAGGAGGCAAUUAAAGUUUGGGACUUGGUGGACCAUAUGCAAGA